CAAAAUUCCCCUUCUAAUUCAAAAACCCUUGUUUUCUCUCUGCCAAAUUCACCAUCGUUCCAGAUUCCACAGCCUCAAAGGUUGUAGCCGAGACAAGUGUAUUUUUGUACCUGCUGAUUACCAACCCAAGGUUAGGAGAUGGAGAUUGUUCGGAGGGAGGGUGAAAGUGCUUUGUCAGGUCCAAGGCCUAUGGAAUGGUCUACUGUUGCGUACGCUCCUCAAGGACCAGACAGAAAUGGAAACAAACGUACAUCGAGUCUGGAGUCACCGAUAAUGUUGCUUACCGGACAUCAGAGUUCCAUAUAUACCAUGAAGUUUAAUCCAGCUGGGACUGUCAUCGCAUCUGGUUCGCAUGACAGAGAAAUUUUUAUGUGGAAUGUCCAUGGAGACUGCAAAAACUUCAUGGUUCUAAAAGGGCACAAGAAUGCAGUUUUGGAUCUUCAUUGGACAACCGAUGGAUCCCAUAUAAUAUCGGCUAGCCCUGACAAAACGUUGAGAGCAUGGGAUGCUGAAACAGGGAAACAAAUCAAAAAGAUGGCGGAACACUCUUCUUUUGUGAAUUCAUGCUGUCCGUCACGGAGAGGACCACCUCUCGUCGUUAGUGGAUCCGAUGACGGAACAGCGAAACUUUGGGAUAUGCGUCAGAGGGGUGCCAUCCAGACAUUUCCCGAUAAAUACCAAAUUACAGCUGUCAGUUUCUCCGAUGCAUCAGAUAAAAUCUUCACGGGUGGCAUCGACAACGAUAUCAAGGUUUGGGACUUACGAAAAGGUGAAGUAACCAUGACACUUCAAGGCCAUCAAGACAUGAUAACAGGUAUGAGUUUGAGUCCUGACGGUUCUUACCUUCUCACCAAUGGCAUGGAUUGCAAACUCUGCAUAUGGGACAUGCGCCCUUACGCACCACAGAAUCGCUGCGUAAAGAUUUUCGAAGGGCACCAGCACAACUUCGAGAAGAACUUGUUGAAAUGUGGCUGGUCACCAGAUGGAAGCAAAGUCACAGCCGGUAGCUCGGAUAGGAUGGUGUACAUAUGGGACACAACUUCUCGACGCAUCUUGUACAAGCUUCCUGGCCACACAGGAUCCGUGAAUGAAUCCGUCUUUCAUCCUAACGAAUCGAUCAUCGGUUCGUGCAGUAGCGAUAAACAGAUUUAUCUAGGGGAGUUCUGAAUUGUGCAAGAGUAAACUUAGAGAGGUCUUAUCGUCCCAAGUAGGAAAGUUGUGUUUUCUCUGUAUUUUGCUAUUUUAUAGCCUGGAUUAAACAACAAUUAUAACUACUUCAAUCGCCAUCUCUUUCAUUUUUAUUCUUCCUCCUCAAGUUUAUGAUAGUCAUUCUCAAUGAAAGUUCAUCUUCAAUCU